AAAGACUAUGGGCCUUUUUUUUGACUGAUGCCAAGACCUCCGCCUUUGCAAAUAUGAUAAGGGAAAAUGUGCCAGUGCUCUCCACAUACCCUGUUAAUGUUUAAGCCUGAUAACCCCCUUUUUUUUGGGCGGGAGUUGCAAACUGACAGAUCUGAAGCCAAAAGUGACUGAUCACGACUUGCUUUUUCCUCUCCUCACCCAAAGUGAAGUUUCUCUUUUUUUCUGGGGGGGAAGCAACAUGGAGGAUCGAGGUGAGAACUAUCCACGCUCAGAAAAAAAGGACACAAAUGACAACGAAGAUGGGAUACGUCGCCGGCUGAGAGACAGAGAUCUUCUCCGCAAGAGGAAGGCAGAGGCGCAGGAGAAGGAAACUUACCAGUGGGUUCAUCGAGAGAAGAGUAGGAAGAAGAGGGAGAGGAAGGAGGAGAAGAGCACUUCCAGCCGGAAAGGACGACCAAGGAGAAAGGAGGCCGACCCGGACACCCAACCCAUCGAAGAAGCGCCUUUGACAGGGGAGGGAACAGCUGGAGAGGAAGUCCCCAGCAGUGUUCCUGUCCAAGACCAGCCUGCCAAGGUCCACAUCGGGCAAGACCAGGUCCAAGGACAGGAGGAGAUGCUCCCUGGUCCCUCUCAGACAGACAGCACAUUGACAGAGCUCCCGAGCAGCCAGCUGGAGGAAGUAGUGGUGAUCGAAGACUUGGGGCCAGACGAGAAAGAGGACGUGCCAAAAGCUGCGGAGGACCUGUCCACUGUUUCAGACUCCGGAGGAGAAGCAGCACCUAUGACAAGCUUUCACACGUUGGAACAUGAGUACUUCUCCACAGUGUACUUCUGAAGAGUCUCCUCUCUAUUCCGAUCCUCUUCCUUAAAACCUCCUGUGAUACAGAUCAGUGAUAAAAUUCAUAGGCUGUGCAGAAAUGAGACACUGAUGUUACCAAUUGCUCUUUGAAUUCAGGCAUACAAUACAUACAAAUAUACAAUGUUUUGAAUAGUUAAUAUGAUACCUAAUGUAAUCCACCUUACUCAUUGAAUUAUGCCCCCCUUUUUAUAGUGCACCAUGGCAUGUGUUUAUUUUGGAGUAUAUGGGGAUUUUCCACGAAAAAAAAAUACUGUGUAUAACACAACGUUUGGUCUGUUUGGUGUUUAAUUCAUCGUUGAUUACAUUUCUUCUUAUUAUGGGAAAACCCAGUUUUCCACUAAAAUGAGAUAAAAUAACUGGAUAAGCUAGUAAUUAAAUACAAUAUGUUGUUAAUUGUUAUAUAGAGGAUUACACACCGGAAACCCCUAUAUGAGCUGGUAGUGUGAAAAAACCUUACAGGUAGCACUUGAGGUCAGACACAUCCAUUUUAAUCACGGGCUGUGCUUCUAAUUGAAUUGCUGUUAACAAUGAAGGUGAACCUAUAAGCAAAUGUUACUGCUUGUUUUAUUGAGAAGAAUUUGCAAUAAAAUGUAGUGUUUCUCACAAAA